AUGAACUCUCUAGCCGCGACCUUGUUCGUCGGUAUCGUGAGUGUCACGCUGGCAUUCGAUGAAGAAUGCGUCGGCAAACGUAACGGAGCCACCUUUGCCGACGAGUUUAGCUGUAGUCGGUACCGUAUUUGUCUCGGUGGAUAUCUGUCGUAUGGCGAAUGUGCCUCUGGGCUCUAUUGGGACAACUUUCGUCGACUGUGUCUGCCACCGACGCUAGUAUCUUGCACAGCCAAACUUCCCACAACCAUUCAGACAACACCCUACGAGCCGCCUACAAGUGAUGGAAUAAUUCUGGAUGAAAAUCACCACGGUCUGCCUGAUGACUUUCAAAACGGAGAGUAUAAUUGUCCAUCGCAGAGUGUACUAAGCAUACCGCAUCGACGUAGCUGCUCACAGUACGUUCUGUGCUUCGACGGUACUGCCGUUCUGCAGCAAUGUGCUCCAGGACUACACUUCAACGCGGGUCAAAGCCAGUGCACACUACCCAACAUGGCGAACUGUGAUUUACAGGAACAUGUAUGCCCUGAGAAGGACGAUCCACUAAAGCUUGUGUUUGUUGCCGAUCGCUUCGACUGUUCCAAGUAUUACUAUUGCUACAAUGGAAAAUUCCAUCCACACAGUUGUGCUCCUGGACUUCACUGGGAUCCAGUUAACAACUGGUGCACCACAAUCGCUGAGUCAAAGUGUCAAAACUUUACUCCCUACAAGGAAGUUAACGAACCGACGCUUGUUCCCAAAAAAGUUAGCUGCAUGGAUGAUCAAGCUCGUUGGGUAAAACAUCCAAAGAGUGAACGCCAUUAUUAUCUCUGCUAUAAGGGCAAAUCCAUGCUGAAGCGUUGUGACGAUGGUCUCAUCUGGGAUGAAGCAACACACUCGUGCAACUACCAAAAUUGA